GACUGGGCUUAACAUGGCUGUCAAAUGAGGCCCCAACCCCUUCAGUGGAUGAACAGCCAGUUCCUGUCACAGACAACUCAGUGAGAGCGCGGGAGACACAAAGGCACCCUACAGUGCUUGGUAAAUUAUUAAUGCUUAUGUGGCAAGCUGACAGUGAAUAGAGGUGACACUGGGUGGUGGUGGUGGUGGGAGAUUCUUAGAAGCCCCAUUUCUCUGCUGUUUUGCUCCUUUACUGCAGAUUUGAUAGCACUGAGUUUGUUUUAACUACGAGACCGCUUAACAGUGCUGUAUAUCAGUGUUGGCUUAUUUGUGAAGGCCCCUGGGAGGGAAAUAGGUCAUGGACUGUGACCCCAGGUAUGUGUGUCUCUGCAGGGGGCUUGGAGGUAAGGAGGAUUAGUGGCCGAGUGCUCAGGUAGCACAAAGAGUUUUUCUGCUUCAGCAAAGAUGCUUUUAAUCUGCUUUACUUCCAACAGAGUGGAUUAAUCAGAAUAGCUCCAAGUUAAACAAAAAGUUUUAUCAAUUUGGAAGCUGUCAGAGUUUCAUGUAGGAUUUAUUGCUAUGGAUGCAAGAGAAAUACCAUGUUUUUAUACACUAAACACAGAAUAAUUAAUAUAUAGAGAAAUAUGGGAGUGGGAUAGGUGGCAUUCACUUUCCAGGAACAAUAAACCCAUGCACAUAUUAGACAAUGUGUCCAACCCCCCCAAGGGAAAUACAAAGAAGAGGUACACAGUUGUCAGGGAAGGGGUGGAGUUAACAGGUGACAGUGGAGGUGAGGGAUGCUGCAUGCUGCAUUCAGCCAGACUGGAUGUAAGCAGUGGAAAAGUAAGGAAGCCAGUAAGCAGUGAAGAUGGUGCCCCAACUGUACAUCACAGUGUAUAAAGAGCAGUUCAGAUCUUCAGGCACAGUGAAAAGAGCGGAGCUUCGACCAACCUCUGCCCACCGUAGGAACAAUCCUCAGCCCCGGCCGGACUUUCUGUUUCCCAGGAGUCUUCAGUCCAUCAACAGGUCAACCCAUGCGUUUCCACAUCCCUUGCCCCCUGUGGACUUCGGCCGUCCUCUUUUCCCCCCUGUCAGACAUUUGUCAUUUCAAAGUCCUGUUACAACUUGUUCUGACAGCUAUCUAAACACAGCCAACUCGGCCAAACCGCAACACAUGCCCCCUGUCGACCAAUCCACAGUACAAGUCCCGCCCUCUGCUGAUAGACCGCAGAAACUACAACUGACGGAGCCUUCCCCAAACACUGACAUUCAGCUCAGCACCUCUUUGAAGAGCCCACAGAGACUGGGUUAUCAAAAGCAUGUCCAUCCACUCUCAGCACAGCAACUCAGGCAAAAUGCAGGUGCUCAAACUCCUGCAGCUCCUCGCAGCUCUGCACGGACAAAAUACCUUAGGUGCUGUUCUAACAGCGCCCGGGACAACAGCAGUGGCUGCUAUAGCUGCUUCCAUGUGGUGAAGCCCUACCAAGCUGGACACUACGUCAUACACCCAGAGUUUGUGUCUGAAAGCCUUUAUUAGGAUUAUUAGAGCCCUGGCUUCCAAAGUGGGAAUUUGGGACCCGAAGAGAGAGCAAAAAAAAAAAAAAAAAACCCUUCAGAUUGUUAACUUCUGUUUAAUUCUCUGUUAAUUAACCCAGUGAGACGAGGCGUAAGACUGAAUCAUGUAGGGUGUACACUCACAGCUGUUAUCUCUUUGAGUACAGCAAGGAAACUUUUGCAGUUAAAUACUAAAUCGGUACCAAAGAUCUUCUCACGAGAGGAUUUUGAUGCUCAAAUGAGGCACUGUGGCCCUAAUGUGCUGUGUGUGACAUUAAAAUUUAAAUCUACUGUGAGAAAGAUAAUUUUCCACGUGUGUGUGUGUGUGUGUGUGUGUGUGUGUGUGUGUGUGUGUAUGUUUAAAUCCGAAUCAGUGGUAUCAUUUUCUACUACAAGAGCAAAUGUAGUAAAGC